GCACCUGUGGCUUUUUUUUCUCUCUGUUUCUUUUUUCAGUCUUUGUAAUUUAUUUCAUAAACCUGUGGGAGGAACAAUAGCAAGCCUCUGCUCGUAUUGUCUACCUACUGUCCAUCACCAAAUUACAGGCAGCCCACCUUGGCAAAGCUGCCCGCAAUGGCACCGUUGUCCAUCCAGUGACAUGAGACAUCACACAAAGAACUUGCGCCGCCGGGCUAUAUUUCUCAGGACCACCCCAAGGGGAAAUAUGGAUUCUUCCUCAUCUGUCGCAACCUCCACUUCUUCCUCUUCCAAGCACCGAUUUGUUCGGUCGUCAGAGGAAUCGCCAUCAGCAGGCAGCGACGAUAUUGAAGAAGUCAUCAUGACUCCCGGUGUAGCCACAGGGCGUGUGCAGCCCGCAGUAUCGGUCGCAAUCCCGGAUCUUUUUACCCAACUUCCACCGGUCAAGGACGACCUGGCCACCAGCACCUCCAAGACGCAGGAUGAGACAGUGGCGAUAUGCCUCCCUUACUUGGCGGGCGGUGAUGCCAACGCAGACGUGGAGCACAACAAUCACGGAGUUCCACACAUUGAUCGCAAGAAACAUGUCCGCUUUCUCCGCAACAUGCUGAAGCAGUUGCCUGCACCGUUCAUAGCAGCAGACGCCAGCAGACCCUGGUUUUUGUACUGGUCGCUCAACGCCAUGGCCAUUCUGGGCGAGGAUGUCAAGGAAGACUACGCCGAAUCGCUGGCCGACACUGCAAGAUCAAUGCAGAACGAAUAUGGUGGUUUUAGCGGCGGCCAUGGGCAAACUUCCCAUUUGGCAACCACCUAUGCCGUCGUGCUCGCUCUCGCUAUUGUAGGUGACGAGGAAGGUCUCUCCUUUAUCGACAGAAAGGCUUUAUGGAAGUGGCUAUGCGACCUGAAGGAGGCUGACGGAGGCUUCCGGAUGUCUUUGGGUGGAGAGGAAGAUGUCAGGGGUGCAUACUGCGCAGCAGUCAUUAUAUCCCUGCUUAACCUUCCGCUUGAUCUGUGUAAGGACUCGGAGGCAUACAUCAGAGAUCCCAACGCGAACCUAUUCACUGGUUUAGGUGAUUAUGUUCGGAAAUGUCAAACAUUCGAGGGCGGCAUAUCAGGCCAACCGGAUGCAGAAGCUCACGGCGCAUACGCUUUUUGCGCCCUGGGUUGUCUUUCUCUCCUAGGAACCCCAAGCGAAACUAUCCCAAAGUAUCUCAACGUCGAGCGUCUUAUUUCUUGGCUUUCUUCACGGCAAUACGCUCCCGAAGGCGGGUUUUCAGGUCGUACCAACAAGCUUGUCGAUGGUUGCUACAGCCACUGGGUAGGGGGCUGUUGGCCAUUGAUAGAGGCAUGCCUCAACGGACCCGUCAAGGUUUCCAAUCUUGAUUUAGAACCUCAACCACUCUUCAGUCGUGAGGGUCUGAUGCGAUACAUUCUCUGUUGCUGUCAAGAACAAGGGAAACGGGGCGGUCUGCGCGACAAGCCCGGAAAGCCAUCUGAUGCAUAUCAUUCCUGUUAUGUCUUGUCAGGCUUAAGCUCCGCGCAAAACCGGUGGCAGCUCGUUGUCGGGGAUGACGACAUGCCCGCCUGGAUGGUUUCACCGUUCCCGAACGAGGAAGAGAUCUUUGACGAGAAAGACCGGGUAGGUACGGUUCAUCCGGUCUACGUCAUUCCUGAAGACAAGGUUGCCAAGGUUCAGACCUUGUUUGCUUCAAGAGAUGGAUUUUAAUUGAGAUUUUGCCGAAAUAAUAUCCGCAAUAAGGGUGCAUAACCUUGUGGGUUGUGGUUACAGCGUAGUCCCUUGAUAGGCAAUUUGCACAGCUUUCAAGCUUAUCUUGAGUCAACUUUGGCUCUCUCAAAAACGUUUGGGUAUAGCACUACAUGAAAUGAGCAGAGAUUGGAUGCCGGUCAACCACCUCCCAUACAAAGUCCUUCGCGGGGUUUACCUUCACAUUGACGUUGAAGAUAUACAGAGAUAGAUAGAUAUGGUUUCUCGGUCGGGUUGAGGCAGGGAUUUGGAGGACUUUUUCCAGUUACAUAAGUUUGGAUUCAGAACCUUUACGGCUC